AUGUCAAUUUUCUUCAGCAAGGGUAUUGUUUUUGGUACAGAGCUCCUUAAAGCUCAAAUUAACAAACAAUUACCACUGAGUACUGACUCCGAUCAACUCGAUUCAUGGAUUUCAUCACCAGUGCCUAUCUAUGUACAAUUUUGGCUAUGGGAAUGUGUCAAUGUAGACGAAGUUGUUCAACAAGGUCUUAAACCUAUGCUUAUUCAACAUGGUCCAUUUACCUAUUUGAAAAGACGAGUCAAAAUAGAUGUCCAUUUCAAUCUAAAUCAUACAGUCAGCUAUCAUCAACCCGUAUCAUAUACAUUUCAACGAAAUAUGUCAUCGAAUGAUGAAGAAUUGCCGAUAAAAAUGAUGAAUACGUCUAUUAUAUCACUUCUUGCACUUUCUCAUAAUUUGUCGAACAUUACUCACGAAUUGAUUAAUCUUAUUGCAAAAGUAUUCAAUGAAUCAUUAUUUGUUACACAUACAGCUCGUGAAUGGAUCUGGGGUUAUGAAGAUCCUUUAUUAAAAGCAGCCAAACGUUUGCCUAUUGUUGGACAAUUUGUACCCGAUGAUCACUUUGGAUAUUUCUACAGACAGAACAAUACCGACAAUGGAAUUUUUACAGUCUUUACAGGCGAAGAUGAUAUCAAUCGAUUGAACUAUAUCGAUAAAUGGAAUGAUAUCUCAGUUCUACCUUACUGGCAUACGCCAUCAUGUAAUCAAAUCAAUGGUACAGAUGGUAAUUGGUUUCCACCACUAACAUCUGUGAAUAAACGUCUCUAUCUAUAUUCCACCGAAAUUUGUCGUUCAAUCUAUAUUACAUUUGAAUAUCAUUCAUCGGUACUCAAUAUAGAAACCGAAAGUUUUUCAAUACCAGCCGAAGUCUUUUACAAUGGUACUAUCAACCCGGAUAAUGUUGGUUUUGGCACACUUGAUUCAGGUGUACUCGAUGUUAGUAAAUGUAAACAAGAUGCACCUAUAAUUAUCUCUUUACCACAUUUUCUCUAUGCUGCUAAAAGAUAUAAAUCACGUAUAAAUGGAUUAAUGCCUAACGCCGAUAUUCAUCGAACUGUAUUAGAGAUUGAACCAUUUACCGGAUACGUAUUAAAUGCACAAAAGCGUCUUCAACUUAAUAUUCUUAUACAAUAUGAUCCACUAUUUGAUGAUCUUAAAAACUUACAUGAUCUUAUAUUACCUGCUUUAUGGUUAAAUCAAUCAGGAACAAUCGAUCAAAAGAUAGCAAAUGAAUUGCAUAAAAAAGUUUUACGCUAUUUUCCAAUUGUUCAUGGAAUAUCUAUUGCAUUUGUUAUAUUCGGUGUUGUUAGUAUUACCGUUAUAAUUAUUGUUAGAAUAAGACGAAGUUUGCCACGAAUACGUUCACUUGCAUAUAGAGGAUUAGUGAAUGAACAACCAUCACCAUCAUCGGAUGCUGGACAUUGA